GGUAGUUAGAGUUGCUAACGUUAAUAUAAAAAUAAAGAAUCCCCCACACGCCAAAAUAAAGAAUCCCCCACACACGUAAAGACGUGCAGUCCACGCGACUCGCCACAAAACUCAUAAAACACUCGAAAACAGCGGCCUCUCCCGUGUUCGGAACUGGAUACGUAGACUGUGGACGGAGAAAGGAAGGAAGCGAUCGAGCGGAUAAAAAUGCAGUCACUGCAAGCCAAGGCCUCCGAGUGGAGUGGAGUCAACCAAGACGAUGCCUUUGCCAUUGAUGACGCCAAUCUGUUCCAGAAACUAGGCCUCCGGACCUUCAUUAGUCUCUCCACCAAUUUCUACACCAGGGUAUAUGAUGAUGAAGAGGAAUGGUUCCGGUCAAUCUUUGCGAGGUCAAAGAAAGAGGACGCUAUUCAAAACCAAUACGAAUUUUUCGUGCAGAGAAUGGGAGGGCCUCCUCUCUACUCUCAGCGAAAAGGCCAUCCUGCUCUGAUUGCACGUCACCGACCAUUUCCUGUCACACAUCGAGCUGCAGAGAGGUGGUUACAUCACAUGCAACAAGCAUUGGAAAGCACCCCAGAUAUUGAUGCAGACUCAAAACUUAGAAUGCUGAACUUCUUCAGGCACACAGCAUUCUUUCUUGUAGCUGGAGAUGAGUUGAAGUGUCAAAACCAACCACCAUCGUGUAAGCAUGGGAGCAGUAACCAGCUGCCAUCUAAAACUUCUUAACAGACCUUGCUUAUUCAGGUGUGAGAAAAAGCAAUAUACCAUGAAUCAUCAAACCUGUUGUUGUAGAAGGAAUACUUUUUUUUUAGUAAUAAGAUAUUAUAUUGAUAUAAA